GGAAAAAGCUUCAGUGAGAGUGGAUGCCUUAUUUUCCAUGAAAGAAUUCACAAAGGGGAGAAACCUUAUAAAUGCCCAGAUUGUGAAAAAAGUUUCUGUCAUAGGCAAAGUCUUACACGUCAUCAAAGGAUUCACGUAGGGGAGAAACCGUAUAAAUGCCUGGAGUGUGGAAAAAGCUUCCACGGCAGAUGCAGCCUUAAACUCCAUCAAAGAAUUCACACAGGGGAAAAACCAUAUAAAUGCUUGGAAUGUGGAAAAAGCUUCAGUCGAGGAUCACACCUUAACUCCCAUCAUAGAAUUCAUACAGGAGAGAAACCAUAUAAAUGCUUGGAGUGUGGAAAAAGCUUCAGUCAGAGCGGAUACCUUAAUUCCCAUGAAAGAAUUCACACAGGGGAGAAACCUUAUAAAUGCCCAGAUUGUGAGAAAAGUUUCUGUAAUAGUGGAGGUCUUAUAUGUCAUCGAAAAAUUCACACAGGGGAGAAGCCAUAUAAAUGCCUGGAGUGUGGAAAAAGCUUCAGUGACAGACACAGCCUUAAACUACAUCAAAGAAUUCACACAGGGGAAAAACCGUAUAAAUGCCUAGAAUGUGGAAAAAGCUUCAGUUAUAAACGCAGCCUUAAAAUCCAUCAAAGAAUUCACACAGGGGAGAAACCAUAUAAAUGUCUGGAGUGUGGAAAAAGCUUCAGUGACAGAGGCAGCUUUAAACGCCAUCAAAGAAUUCACACAGGGGAGAAACCAUAUAAAUGCCUGGAGUGUGGAAAAAGCUUCAGUGACAGACACAGACUUAAACGCCAUCAAAGAAUUCACACAGGGGAAAAAGCAUAUAAAUGCCUGGAAUGUGGGGAAAGCUUCAGAUGGAGUACAAGCCUUAAUUCCCAUCAAAGAAUUCACACCGGUGAGAAACCAUAUGAAUGCCUGGUGUGUGGAAAAAGCCUCAGUGACAGACGCAGCUUUGAACGCCAUCAAAGAAUUCACACAGGGGAGAAACCAUAUAAAUGCCUGGAGUGUGGAAAAAGCUUCAGUCAGAGUGGACACCUUAAUUCCCAUAAAAGAAUUCACACAGGGGAGAAACCAUAUAAAUGCCUGGAGUGUGGAAAAAGCUUCAUUGAUAGACGAAGCCUUAAACUCCAUCAAAGAAUUCACAUGGAAAAACUGUAUAAAUGCCAGGAAUGUGGAAAAAGCUUCAGUUCGAAGUGUGGGAAAAGCUUCAGUGAUAGACGAAGCCUUAAACUCCAUCAAAGAAUUCAAAAGGGAAAACUGUAUAAAUGCCAGGAAUGUGGAAAAAGCUUCAGUUGGAGUGGACACCUUAAUUUCCAUGAAAGAAUUCACAAAGGGGUGGAACCUUAUAAAAAACCAGAUUGUGAAAAAAGUUUGUGA